CAUUCUCAGAAAAAAGAAUUAAAAAUUUCUGCACUUCAUUCCCGAACCUCUCCCUCUUCGCGAACCUUCAUUCUCGCACCUCUUCUGCACUGAACUUCUUCACUGUCAGUCCCGCACCUCUUCUGUUCUCCCUCUCUGUCUUCGACUCCUUUCUUCCGCAUCAGUGUUUGGUCGUGUGUUUUGCCAUCGCGAGUUGUGUGGAUUCAGAUUUCAUCUGUCGAACGCGGUUUGAUAUCGCGACUUUGGAAACCCUAGGUUGGUUUCUUCGAACUGGAAGCUCGAGUUGUAGUUGCCUCCUGCUCGUUGUUUGAAAUCGCAAUUUUGGAAACCCUAGGUUGGUUUCUUGGAAGUGGAAGAGAUAAGCUCCAGCUGCAAUUGCCUUCUGCACUUGAAUAUCUUCAUUCAGCUGGUGUUGUAUUGUUUAGUGAAGAUCGAGAGGGCUUUAAAGACCUUAGACUCUCGGCCUUUGCCAAUUCAGAUGAGCUUGCUGUUUGGAUACCAGAAGGUCUAUCAUUGGCUUUUGAGUUUUUGUUGACUCUUCAUUGAUCUCUUGGAAAUCAAAGAAGCAGACUACUGUUUCCUUUAUAUCGAUGUUGCAUUCAGCAUCUGCCCCAGGCCUUUGUUUAAGCUAUCCGAGGAACAUUCGCCAUCCUUGUUUUUUGAAAACACCUUCUGUUAAAACAAGACAUUCUGUUCGCUGUUCGGUAUCACAGACAAGUAAUGGUGCUAAAGUGGAAUAUACUCCUUGGCUCAUUGUUGGCUUGGGUAAUCCUGGAAACAAAUACCAUGGCACUAGGCACAAUGUUGGAUUUGAAAUAAUUGAUAGCCUUUCUCGAGAAGAAGGGAUUAAGAUGAACACAAUACAGUCAAAGGCCUUGAUUGGAAUAGGUUCCAUCGGAGAAGUACCAAUUUUGUUGGCAAAGCCUCAGACAUACAUGAAUUUUAGUGGAGAGUCGGUUGGGCCACUUGCUGCAUAUUAUCAAGUACCCUUGCGUCAUAUUCUACUAUUUUUGGGAAAUUUUAUGAAGGUUUAUGAUGAAACAAGCCUGCCAAAUGGUGUUUUAAAGCUUCAGCCAAAAGGCGGACAUGGACAUCACAAUGGAUUGAAAAAUGUGAUGGGCCAUUUGGAUGGUUGCAGUGCUUUUCCUCGACUUGCAGUAGGAAUUGGAAAUCCUCCUGGAACUAUGGACUUGAGAGCAUUUCUUCUACAAAAAUUCAGUUCUGUGGAACGAAAGCAGAUUGAUGCUUCAUUGGAGCAAGGAGUUGUAGCUGUAAGAACAGUUGUGCUCAGAGGCUUUGACCAGCAUGUCAAUAAAUUCAAUUUAGGGCAAAAGUACAAGUACCAUAAAGUGUAAUUUCACUCAAAUGGAUGAGCCAAUUUUGGCUUUAGAUGAAAUUGAUGUGUAUGUUAGCAGAUAGCAAUUAUACCUCAGAAACUUGUCAUGAGUCAUGAAUAGUGCAUUUUUUUUGUAAAGCACACCAGUGGUCAUAUUCUACUCUGGAAGAUGUUGUUGCAGGGACCAAUCAAAGAAAAUGGAAAAUGGUAGGACACGUGGAAGCAACCUUUGACCAUUGGAAACCUAAUAAUGUUAUGCUAAAUAGUAAGUGAUCAACAGGGUGAACCUAAAACAAA